AUGCCUUCAUACGCCGACAACAUUUCAGCUAGUUACGUCGGACUGUCCACCGUCGAAGAUCUAUCCUAUACUCCUUCCGCCGAUGAGCAAUCCCGAGACGUUGCACAGAUCGCUGCGACUGGUCGCAGGAGCUGGAAGACGUUGAAGGGAAAGGGAGAGGCUGUAUGGCCCCCCAAUCUGGAGGCCGCUUUGAUUGAAGGCCUUGGUACUCAUCAUCCCCGCGAAGCCCUCCAGAAAUACAAACCAAGCCCCGAACUUCGCUCUUCCAAAUCCCCCGGACGGUUCCCCAUGCGCAAUCGUUUCAUUUCCGAUUAUAUCUUCGAUUCGACUGGUAAACGGCGGACGCCUAAGCAGGUGGGAAGUCGGCUACAACAGAUGAGGGACACAUGCAAAGGCGAAGAAAUUCUCAAUCUUAUAUGUCGCCCGUUCGAUAACGAUGUGGAUUUGGGGACCGGUUCUUCAAACGGAAGCCCCGUUCACACCACGUCACCAUUGCCAGAUCUUCGAGGCCAACAACCUCCCAGCCAGCGACUGAACAUCUGGGUUGACAUCGUUCUCGAGCAGCCAUACCCUAGACAACAACCUUUAGUCAAUUUUGUUGGCAAUCGCAGGGAUUCCCCUCUUCAAAUUCGUCUUGCACCUUUGGCACCCACCUCAUCCUAUCACGCGUCCUUACCUCUUUCUGCAUCAGAUCCCACCAUAAACUUUAUGUCGCCAUAUCCGGUCAAUCAGCAGUGCACUUUCUCCGCAUUCAUUGACACGCUGAGUCUUCCAAUACACUCGGAAGUCGCGCCGAUGUCGUGUCUUGGUUCUCCUAUGGAUCGCACGGGUUGGUUAUAUAGUGCCUCUCUUUCUCCCAAGUUUUGGAAAGUCAUUUUCAAUGAUUCAAAUCCAACGCAGUACACCAUUGUUCAGAACGUCUUCGCUCAAGGCUGUCCGGGACAGUUCAGUGCACCAUUGCAAAACGACAACGCAAUGAUUUCCAUCUUCUAUCAGUUCAAGCGUCCAACCUCUCAUACAUAUCAUACGUAUAGCGACUCAUAUUCUCAACAAGCGGUUAGCAACUCUCGUCAAUGGGCACAACCGCCCAUAUCCAAUUGGUCCGGGGCGCCCGACAGCCCUAGGCUGAUGACCAACUGGCGAUCUGACAGUGGAGAAAGCUGGUCGUACUCGCACCACUCGCACGCUAGUUCGACAUCGGCAAAUGCCCUCAGUUAUGGUUAUCUCUCGUGA